AUGGCCAUUCGAGGCGAAGUCGGGUUUAUAGUGAUAGCUUCAGUCAGCAUUGUCUACUUGGCUUCCCUCUUAUACCAGCCAGUAGGUGUGCUUGAAGGCACCAGUGGCAACUCAACUUCGGAAAAACAAGCAAGCGCUCCUGCCACUCAUUCACCCGCAUCAACGACAGAAGAAACUUUGGCCCUACUCAGCUUAACGAACAUUUUAAUCGCAUCAAAGUCUAUUAUCGCUCUCCUCUCAAAGUUGCUAUCCUACCUCUCCUACCUCUCGUACUUCAUCUACCUCCCGAUGGUCGUAUACAUCCCAAUCAAGCAUACCCUGUCUUUGUUCCUCUACACAGUCACUCUCUUCAUCCGGCCGUUCCUUCCAAUCCUGGCGCCGGUGAUCCUUGCACUCAAGAUCCUUCUUACUCCAAUCUUCGUACCGUUGCUCCUUGCGUACAAGCUCAUACUAUUCGUCUACCCACUUUAUGUCUUCCUCGGCGCCGCGGCCAUCUGUGGCGUUUCGACCGGUUUCUCGGCACGCGUGUUAUCCAAGUUCGCUGUCAAGAGCUUAUUACCCUCAAGUGAAACUCGCAACGUGCAGAGCGGAAGGAGCGUCGAGAAACGAGCCUCUCUUCCUGGACGAGUUAGUCGACGUAGAACGGUUAAGACAGAAGAAUGA